AAGAUUAAGACUUUCUGGCCAACAUUGGAACAAAGGCUGUAAAGCCGUGUUUUAUUCCAUUAAUUCUACGGGAUCCAGUGUUCCGAGGGAUAAGGAACACGGCGUCUCCAAAGCGGAUAGCCGGUUUACUGGCUUCCAACGGACGCUGGACAUUUUUCCUAGUUUAAGCUUCCUCCAUGUAUAAUAAGGAAGCUUAAUCAUGGCAUUUGAUUCAGUGCGAUGGGCAGCCACGCUAUCCAUACUGUUCAUCGUAAUAAGGGCUCAAGACGUUGAAUUAAAAAAGGGUCAGUGUAAAACUGAGGAAGGGGAGGUGGUAGAGGACGGACUGGAUUGGUUCCCAGAUAAGGACAAUAGACCUUGUUAUGUGUGUUUCUGUACGCUUGGAGUUAUCGAGUGCGAGGAUUACCCCGAUUGUUUAGAUGAAGAUGGCGACGUAGAUGCCGAACACCAGGAGGAAGGCUAUGGUGCCGAGCAUAAAGUCUACCCAUACCAUGCUAUCAAUCCUGGUCCACAGGGGCCAGAGGGUGAACCUGGGCGUCAAGGACUACAGGGUCCAAGUGGUCAGCGAGGAUUCGACGGGAUGAAUGGAGUCCCAGGACCCCCGGGUAACGUUGGACCAAACAUGAUGCCUGCUGACCAAGCCUAUCAAAACUACUAUAAUGCUAUGGGAGGCAUGAAAGCAGGGUAUGCACAGGGGCCACAAUAUCUUACCGCCAAUGUUGGGCCUCAAGGACCACGUGGACCUGACGGUCUUCCUGGACCUCAAGGUCAACAGGGCUUACAGGGUAACCGUGGAUCACCCGGCGAACCAGGGCCUCCGGGAUCACCCGGGCCAUCAGGUAUCCCAGGAUCCCCCGGGCAACCAGGACCUGAUGGGUCUCCAGGACGAAAUGGGUCACCAGGCCCUCGUGGAACCCCUGGAACCAAGGGACCAGAUGGAAUUCCUGGCAUGCCAGGUUUACCCGGUAUGAAAGGUCACCGCGGUUUCCGUGGAGCUCCAGGAAAGGCUGGGGAGGUGGGGGUCACCGGAGAAAAGGGCCCCGAUGGACCAAUAGGACCUAACGGACGCCCCGGACCACAGGGACCACGUGGUAUUCAAGGUGAUCGCGGCCAGGACGGAUCGCCCGGAUCAGUGGGUCUUCGUGGUGUUGACGGUUUACCAGGACAAACAGGACCGCCUGGUAAUGUCGGAAACAUGGGAUCUCCCGGAUAUCCUGGCGUUCCAGGAAUGAAGGGUGAUGUUGGUGCCUCUGGACCAAAGGGAGCACGUGGACCCCAGGGCCCACGUGGUGAAAAUGGAGUACCUGGUCCCCCGGGAGAAGAUGGUCGUCAAGGGCUUUCUGGCAGGGACGGAGCAAAUGGAGAAAAAGGAUCAUCUGGUGAUGUUGGACCCGCAGGACCACCAGGAUUCCCUGGCCCCCGAGGUCCCCCUGGUGCAGCCGGUAGUCCAGGAGCGAAUGGACCAAAGGGAAAUUCUGGUAUGCCAGGUUCUCCUGGAUUCAAAGGAUCACGUGGUAUCAAGGGCGCCACCGGAAUUAACGGAGAACGCGGACCUCCAGGACAAAGUGGACCCGAGGGAAAGCGGGGCGAGACAGGAUCAGUUGGUCUCCAAGGACCACAAGGUCUACCAGGAGAAAGGGGAUCUCCAGGAGGACGCGGUCUUCCGGGACCAUCUGGUGACUCCGGCCCAGCCGGAGAGUCGGGAGCGGUAGGCCCACGUGGUCUGAGAGGAUCUGACGGACCAACUGGACGACCCGGACCGGCUGGAAGAGCUGGACCCAUUGGCGCAAGAGGCGCACCCGGACCUCAGGGACGUGACGGCAAUGUAGGAAGACCCGGGUCACCGGGACCUGCAGGUAACGAUGGCCGUGCUGGUGAGAUGGGACCUCCAGGUAUCCAGGGAGUUCCUGGUCUGGUCGGGCAACCCGGAAGUCCAGGAUCAAGAGGUAGCCCAGGACGUGAUGGAGCGACCGGACCAAUGGGACAACCUGGCCCAGUAGGAGACACUGGCGCACCAGGAAGUCCCGGUUUACCCGGAGCCCCAGGACCACAGGGCUUUGAGGGUGAACGUGGACCAGAGGGCAAUAUUGGACCACCAGGUUUCCAGGGAGCACCAGGCAUGCAAGGUGCACCAGGUGAAGCUGGCGUGCCAGGAGAAGCCGGACGACCCGGAGAAGCUGGAAUGCCUGGUCGAACAGGAUCAACUGGAGAGAGAGGUUACCCCGGAGAACAAGGUCCGCCCGGUGCCGUCGGCGAUCCAGGAGAGGUUGGAUCGGUCGGUCCGCCAGGUCGUGACGGUCACAGAGGUAUGCCUGGAGAUGCUGGACCCAAGGGCGAUAUUGGUGCCCCAGGAAACAUUGGUCAACAAGGGCCACGUGGACCCCCAGGAGCGUCCGGAGGCAAGGGUGAACUUGGAGACUCCGGCCCGCCAGGAGAAGAUGGGCGCCCAGGUAGACCCGGACCCAGUGGUCUCGUUGGACCACCUGGAAUACCAGGCCCCGAAGGAGAAGCCCCACGAAAGGGCGAGAAAGGAGAUCCUGGUGCAAAGGGACCAGUCGGUAAUCGUGGUGACGAGGGAAUAAGAGGUGAAGCCGGACCAGCUGGUGAAGACGGACCACCAGGACAAGCUGGCAUUGCUGGACCUCCAGGUCACAAAGGACCUACUGGAGAAGCCGGAGAGAAAGGUCAAGAAGGCGAACCCGGCGAAUCCGGACCUCCAGGAAAGCCUGGACCCACGGGAAGACGUGGAGUCCGCGGCGCCAAGGGAUCACGCGGUGACACCGGAUCUCAGGGUAUACCAGGUCAGACCGGAGCUACAGGACGACCAGGCCCCCAGGGUAAUACAGGUCAACAGGGAGAGAUGGGACCUCCAGGAUCUCCUGGCGACAAUGGUAUUAAGGGCUCACGCGGACCUAAUGGCCAGAUGGGUCAACAAGGUGCACAAGGAGUACCUGGUCUAGCAGGAUACCCAGGACAGAAGGGACAACAAGGAGAAUCUGGCGAAUCAGGCCCACCAGGACCCAUGGGCUCCCCAGGUCGACCAGGAGACCAAGGCGAACCCGGUCUUCCAGGAGUUAUGGGUGAAACCGGACCGAUGGGUAGAGCUGGUGAUUUGGGAGCUCAGGGAGAGCCCGGACGACCGGGAGACGAGGGUAUUCAAGGACCACAGGGAGCACCAGGACCAACUGGCCUUCCAGGACCUCCAGGAGCCCAAGGUGAUUCUGGACCCCCAGGUCAUGAUGGACUCCCAGGUUUGGCUGGACCACGAGGUGAGCGCGGUAUGGGUGGAGACCAAGGACUUCCAGGACCUCCAGGAGGUACCGGAUUCAUGGGACCACCAGGACCAAGCGGACCUUCAGGCCCCAGUGGACCAAGAGGAGAGAUGGGAGAGACUGGACCUGUUGGCACAACUGGAGCAAGUGGGCCUCGAGGACCACCUGGACCACAAGGAGCAGAAGGCCUACCCGGAGAAACUGGUGAUUCCGGAGAUACAGGAGACAAGGGUAUGACUGGACUUUCUGGUCUCAUGGGCUUGCCCGGACCAGAGGGCUUACAGGGUGACGAUGGACUUCCAGGACCUCCAGGACCCCCUGGACAACGUGGUGCAGAAGGACCUAGAGGAUCAAUCGGUCUAGACGGACAACCAGGAUUACCCGGACCUCCAGGACCGCCUGGUCGUCGCGGACCCGAGGGAGAAGAUGGUCGUUCCGGACCCUCUGGCCCAGAGGGUCAACCAGGACCUCCCGGACCACCAGGACAACCUAUGUACGCUAACGCCCUUGGUGCAAUGUUCGGAUCCAACACUUACAAAGGAAACCCGUUCCAGGCUGAUGCCAACGCCCCAGAGGAGGAGAAACAAGCUUUGGAUACUCUUAGCAAGGUCGAUAAGAUUGUAAAGAAGUUGAAGUCCCCAACUGGCGAAAGAGACGCACCAGCAGCAUCUUGUGAUGACUUUAGAAAACACAACACAGAGUUAGUCGAUGGUCUUAAAAAGAGAGAUUUACCAUACAAAAUCUGGAUUAUUCCGGAUGCCUAUUCCAACAACAAAGCCUACCAGGUGUCAUGCGACUUCAAGAAAUCUGUUUCUUGGACUUGUAUCUAUCCUUCUAAACAGUUUGCUCUUAACCAAUGGGUGAAAGAGCCUUUGAGUCGCCACCGCUGGUUCACAGAAAUCCAGAAGGAAGCAUUGAAUGGUGAUCAUCCUGAUGACUUCAUGUUUAGAUAUGAUGCCACGGCUAGCCAGAUCAACAGUCUUGCAAGUGUGAGUAAUCUCGUACGCCAAGAGGUCUACAUAAACUGUACCAACACCGUCGCCUACUACGACAGCCGUACUCAACUUUACGACAAAGCUGUUAAUCUACGAGGAUUUAAUGAUGAUAUUAUAAAUCCUGGAGGCCGAAGGAAGAGGAAAGGAAACUUUAAAUAUUCUGUCAGCGAAACAGAAGACGGAUGUAUGAAUGGCAACGCUAACGCAGGAUGGUCCAAGAUUUACAUGAAACUAAGGAAACCGGCUUUGUUGCCGGUCGUUGAUGUACACUUCCGCGACGGCGGAGGAGCGGAUCAGAAGUUCGGUGUGACAUUAGGCCCGGUCUGCUUUGCUAACUCAAAGAACUAAAGAAAAGAAAAACACCCAUCAAAUUCAUAAUAUACUCAUAAUAUACAUUUAAAUACAGCUACCCAAAAGCUUUCGACGCUUUGUUGGCUGAAGUAAUAAGUUUAAACAAGGAUUUUAAAUAAAAGCAACAACUGAAUGCUUAGAUGUUUCGCCUGAAGCACUUAGGUGUUCGUAUGAAGCCAAUGAAGACAGUCUGUGUACAUCCGCUGUAACUAGAGUGUAAGAGAUUGUUUGUCGAGGAUUGUGUUUAUUCGUUUAUUUUUUACUCAUGACCUUUUUUUUCAAAACAGAGAUCGUCUGCAACAUAAAGCUACAUUCCUUUUUUCAUCACAUUUAUGAUCAGGGAAUGAUAUCAUACUACUUAUUGACGUACUUGUUGUGAUUAGGCAUCUACCAUUCACCAUGAUUUCAAGGAAGUGACGUCAUUUUAAUCCACCUCGGUCUGCCAUGAUACCGACAGAAUGACGUCACUUCCUGUUUUUUUGCGCACCUGUGAUACAAACGUGUGAUAAAUCACCACUACCAUGAGUGUUAUUCAUUAUAACUGCUUUUCAUAUGUGAAUUAUGUUUAUUGCCACUUCAUUUUGUCAAUCGCUAAAAUUGUGACAAUAAUAAAACUGUUGAAAAUGCA